AGCAACGCUUUUUAUUCCUUUGUUUUCUUUUCUUUCUUUGUCACGUGCACGUUCUUAAGGGGUCAAAGCACAUAGACACGUGGUGUUUACCAUUGUUUAUUAUUUCUCUGUAUCGUUUAAGGAGGACAGCGGACCCUUCAUUGUCGCGGCGCUCAGUCCCAGUGGAGUGCAACAGCACGGUAGGGCAUUCGACGGUCCUCUCCAAUACACAAAUAAGUAAAAGAAAACGAAAAGAAGUCCGUUCUCCCACCACCAUGGAGGGCAACUUCUACGUCUCGGACGUGGUGGUCGACCGCGAAUUGAAGUCAAAAUACGGUAAGGCGUACCUUAAAUGCCCACAGGAGGCCAAGCGCUACGGCGAGUGCAUUGAGGCAGGACAGAUCAACCGUAACUUGCAGCGGAACAGCUGUGUCGAGGAGCGCCACACACUGCACGCGUGUGUGUCGAAGUACCUGCGCGCUGGCGCGGCGGCUAGUCGUUCUGAGUAAGCACGUAGAAGCAGCUCCUCUUUCUCUGGCUCUCUUCCUCGCUCCUCUUCGUUACUCCUAGGGCCAGAUUCGUACUGUUCAUGUAUUCGCCUGCGCGUGUGUGCGCCGGCGAAACGCAGCGAAGACAGCUGUGGCGCUGCUAUCGUCUAACGUUUUUUGAGGGGGGUUGGUUUGUUAUAGGUGUUGUUGGAGGGCUCUGGCCGACGGUGAGCAACGAAGAAGUCGUGUGCGCCACGGCACUUCCGUGUGAGUGUGUGUGGGGAGGCACCAUCCACUGCGAAUCCUCCGUGCUGUGGAUCACGCAUACGUGGGCCAUGCACAUCAACGAAAGAAAAGGAAAGAAAAAUCCAAAAAGCGUACACCACCGGGAAAGCAAGCUCUACGCAAUACUGUUCCCAAAGAAAAGGUGUGAAAUGAGAAGAUGUUAUGCACUUGGGCGCGAUUCAAACUGGGAGGAAAACGUGCAGAGAGUUGUAUUCUUUGGCCUUCCUCGCUCGUGUUUUCUCUUUUUGAAUUGGACGCACGCAUGUCACGACGAUAGUUAUAUA